UUAUUAAGGUACUAAACAUGAGCCAUAAAUUGAUGCUAAUUGUUAUUAUCUUGAUGUAUGACUCAUGUUUAGCAAUUGUUAUUCUUCAGGGUCGAGCUAUAAAUUUCUCUCCUCUUUCAAAAUCUGCCAAAUAUCCUUUGAUAACUGAAGAAGCUGCGAAGGCAACCACCGCAGACUUAGCAGAUGCAAGGCAGUGUCACGUUAAUUCAUUAGAUAAAGAUAAAGUCAAGGGAAAGAUUGUUCUCUGCAAUGGUAUAACUGAUCAUCUUUCAACCCGUAAAAAAAUUGAUGCAGUAAAAGAGGUGGGUGGAUUAGGUCUUAUUCAUAUUACCGACAGCGAAGGAGCAGUGGCAAAUAACUAUAUGGACUUUCUAGCAACAGUGGUAAGACCAGUAAAUGCUUCCGCAUUACUCCAAUAUGUCAAUUCAAUGAGCAAUCCAGUGGCAACAAUUCUACCAACAGUUACAGUCAUGGAUUAUAAGCCCGCACCUAUGGUGGCAAUUUUUUCAAGUAGAGGACCUUCGGCACUUUCAAAGAAUAUUAUUAAGGUAAAUACUUAUAUCAAUAUGGAUUGA